UGAAUACCUUAUGUAAGCCAAUCAAACUCUAUAAAUCAUUGCGCUUUACAUUCAUUCGGCCGUCCAAACAGAACAUGAAACAGGGUGGACGGAAUCACCCGCUAAGCUGAAAAGUAACAUCCAAACCAAGCCCUCCAGGCUCCAGGAUUGUUAAACAUGCGGCAGCUUCAAGCCCGCCUUAUCAAGUCACUCUCUUUUUCUCGCCUGCCACCGCCAGCACCCUCCUCCUCCUCCUCCACCUCUAUCCUUCAGCGUGUUGCUUCUUCUCAACCCAAAGGUCGUUAGGUCACGCUUCUCAAAUGGGUUUCUUCAGAUACACAAGUCUGCGCAUUGCUUUUCUAUGCAAAGUUAUAUUUCAAUUUUGCUGUAACCGCUUUCUCUGGAAAUUUGGCUUCUUGUUUUAAUUAAAGAUGCAAUCUUUUUUUAAAUAUUUCAUAAGCUUUUUUAAAUUUGGGAGAAAGAGAGGAGUAACGGCUGAUUUCUACGUGUUCAAAACCGUAUUGGGAUGUUUAGAUGUAAUGUGGAAAAUGACUUGCCUCGUUCAUGCAUCUUUGCUUUAUUUUCUUAGAAAUCCAUCAUAUUGAUUAGGGCCCAUUGUGGGGAAUGGCCAUGGUUAUCAACACGUCAGUUCCAACAAGACAUUUCUUUCAACAAGAUAGAAUGGUCAGUGAGGAUUGUUCAGUCAGUUCUGAUUGCUUGUAAGUGAUAUUAAAGCCAGAGAAACAGUAAAGCAGGGGUUGCAAAGGUUGUUCUGAAGAAGGGGAAGACACAACUGUUUAAAAAUGGAAGCCCAAUGGUUUACAGCAGAGCAGUUGAUAGAAUAAUUGGUAGACCGCCACCUAAGACUGGAGAUAUUGUGCUGGUAGCUGAUGGGACAGAAACACCUAUUGGAUGGGGCCUGUAUAAUUCAGUUUCUAUGUUCUGCGUUCGGCUCAUGCAGCUAGAAGAGGAAGCAACAAGAGAUCCUUCUUGUGCACUGGACAUGGAGAAGCUGCUUGAAACUAGAAUCAAUGCAGCUAUAGAGUUACGUCGAGGAUUAGGUCUUCCUUCAGCCACUACGAAUGCAUACCGUCUUGUCAAUAGUGAAGGAGACAGAUUGUCAGGAUUAAUUGUCGAUGUCUUUGGAGAUUUAGCAGUAGUAGCGUCAUCUGCUGCUUGGGUUGAGAAGUACAAAUCACAAGUAGAAGCAUGCAUCAGUAGCAUUGAUGAAAUUAAUCAUAUACACUGGAGACCCUCUAUUGAAAUUUUAAAAGAAGAAGGAAUGGAUGCAUCAGAUCUGAAAGAGUUGCAUCCAUCCACUUGUCCCCAAAGAACAAAGGUUCUGGAAAAUGGGAUUUCUUAUUCAAUCUCAUUGGAGGGUCAGAAGACAGGAUUUUAUGCUGAUCAGCGUGAAAAUCGUAAAUUCUUAUCAACAAUUUCACAUGGUCGGAAAGUUCUAGAUAUUUGCUGCUACGGUGGUGGUUUUGCUCUAAACGCAGCAAAAGGAGGUGCCACGAGUAUUACUGGUGUUGACACAUCAUUGCCCGCAUUAGAGAUAGCCAGAGAAAAUAUUGCUCUUAACUAUCUGGACCCUGAAAAGAUUUCAUUUUUGAGAGAAGAUGCAAAUGAAUUUAUGAAGGGUGCUCUUUCUAGAAAUGAAUCCUGGGAUAUAGUUAUUAUUGAUCCUCCAAAAUUAGCCCCAAGCAGAAAGGUUCUCCAAAGUGCAUCAGGCAUGUACAGAAACUUAAACUCACUAGCAAUGCAAAUAACAAGAAGAGGUGGCCUUCUCAUGACUUGUUCCUGUUCAGGAGCUAUGACCCAAAGUGGGAUGUUCUUGCGUACUCUUCAGGGUGCUGCAUCGAUGGCAGGGAGAAAAAUCACAGUCCUAAGACAGAGUGGAGCAGCUUGUGAUCAUCCUAUUGAUCCAUCCUACCCAGAGGGUGCAUACCUUUCAAAUAUCCUGCUUCGCAUACUGUGACAUUACAAUUUUCAUAGAAAUAUAAAGCAUUGGAGGAAUCUGUUUUCUUAGCUGAUGAAAAUUCUUGUACUUGUAUUGAGCUGUUGCUGAAAUUAUACAUAGAAUUUACUGAUGCCAAGCUGUUUCACAAUUCAAAUUACAUGGUACUAUAAUA